ACGCAACUUACAUUCACGCUGAUAGCCGCGUUUCUAAUUUAAAAAAUAUAAAUAAGAAAAUAACAUGGAUAAUUUUAUAAACUGCAGAUACAUUGAAAAUGGCUGGGAGAAGAAUGUAACGCAGUCGGUUACGUAUAAUUCAGUGGAAGCAGUCCCAAAUACGAAGCAGAGGUGCCAGGCGAAUGCAAGAGAGAGAGACAGGACACAAAACAGCGUGAAUAUGGCGUUCAACGCUCUCCGGCUGCUGAUACCGACGGAGCCACCGGACCGCAAGCUUAGCAAGAUUGAGAUCCUGCGACUCGCCGGCAGCUAUAUCACACAUCUUGACAACCAGCUGUAUACAGGUGUAAUGGAACAACCCUGUCUCCAGAGAAAUGAAUUCAAUUGCAAAAACAGUCCUCUAUGCACUUUUUGUUGGUCGACAGUAAAAAAGGAUAUGUCAAAUAAAUCACUGAGCUUCGACCCACCAUACUAGGGGUGUUCUGAAGUUAUCAUCUAGUCUUCACAAAGCUUUACUAUUAACAAAUUUCUAUAGAUAUAAUAAAUGGAUAUCAUAUUAUCCUUUAUUUUGUAAGCUGUUAUUGUUAAUUAGAGUCCAGCAGAGUUACUAAAUAUACGAGUACAUUCAUAUGUUUAAUG